AUUGAACCAUGACUAAGGUGUUUUUGUUGUUAUCUUUUCUGUUUGAGAUUUUGUUCCUUGUUCAGGCUCUGGACAAUCAUAGGAAAAUUGGGUUUUAUGAACUGGAGAGAGCAAAUUUCAAACUCAAUCUGACAAAUUAUGGUGCUACAAUCGUGUCUGUGGUAACCCCUGAUAAACACGGAAAACUAGCUGAUAUUGUUCUUGGUUAUGAUUCUAUUGAUUCUUAUAAGAAUGACACAACUUAUUUCGGGGCAGUGAUUGGACGGGUGGCCAAUAGGAUUGGAGGUGCUAAAUUCACUUUGUAUGACAAAACCUACCACUUACCCGCAAAUGAUCACGGAAACACACUUCACGGUGGCACAAGAGGUUUGAGUGACGUUAUAUGGACAGUGGAAUCUCACAAAAAACACAGUCAUGUAACAUUUACCUACGACAGUCCUGAAAACGAACAAGGCUUUCCUGGAAAACUCAAAGUCAAAGUGACUUACAAGCUCGUUGGAGCACACAAACUGAUUGUGAAAAUGAUUGCCAAGUCGGUGGACAAAGCCACACCAGUGAAUCUUGCCCAGCAUACUUACUGGAACCUUGGGGGACAUAACAGUGGUAACAUUCUUUCUCACAAUGUUCAGAUCUUUGGUUCACACAUCACACCCGUGGACAAGCUUCUUAUUCCCACUGGCGAAAUCAGAUCUGUAAAGGGUACCCCGUAUGAUUUUCUUGAACCAAAAAAAGUUGUAACCCACAUUCGUAAGCUUCCGGAUCUAUAUGAUAUGAACUAUGUGCUGGACAAAAGUUUCCAAAAUCAGUUAACCAAGGCUGCGGUAGUGAGAGACCCUGUCUCUGGGAGGAAAAUGGAGUUGUGGUCAAACCAACUUGGUGUGCAGUUUUAUACUAGUGGUCAGUUAAAUGGUACCAAAGGCAAGGAUGGGGCCAUAUACCGCAAGUUUGCUGGCAUUGCCUUGGAGACACAGGGUUUCCCAGAUUCUGUGAAUCACCCUUACUUUCCAACACAGAUUGUGAAGCCUGGGGAGACUUACAAGCACAUCAUGCUUUACAGAUUCACAGCUAGCUAAAUGAAUGAAUAUAUAUUAGUUAUUCUC